UAGCAUUUGGGUUGGUUGCAAAUUGCAAUACCCAUCUUCCAUCUUUUCAAUUGCUCUUUGAUACUCUCCCAUGGCCACCUUCAUUUUAAAGUCUAAUAAAACAGUUCAUGCCUUUGGCUGGCUCUGCCUCUUGCUGAUGGUGCAUAAGGGUGCUUCCUAUGAUUUCAUUGUUGGUGGCCAAAAGGGCUGGAGUGUUCCCAGUGAUUCCAAUUUCAAUCCUUUCAAUCAAUGGGCUGAAAAGAGCCGUUUUCAAAUUGGAGACUCCCUUGUGUUCAACUACCAAUCUGGCCAAGACUCAGUUCUUUAUGUGAAGAGUGAAGACUAUGCCAGUUGCAACACCGGUUCACCUUAUGCAAAAUACUCUGAUGGUCACACAGUCUUCAAACUAAACCAAUCAGGGCCUCACUUUUUCAUAAGUGGAAACAAAGAUAACUGUCAAAAAAAUGAGAAAUUAACAGUGAUUGUGCUAGCUGACAGGAACAACCAUGGCUCGUCAAACACCAACCAAACAAAAUCUGCUUCUCCACCCUCACCACAAUCAUCAUCAUCACCUUCACCAGCACCUACUGGUCAAGAGGGUCAAUCUCCACCUUCAGAUACAAACCAAACACCAAGUCCUGCCAAUGAACCUCCCCCUCCUAAUGCUGCUGCUUCAGUCUUUGUCUCCUUUGGUGGCGCUGUUGGGGCAUUCAUGGCUUCAUUUCUGAUUUUAUCUCUCUAAGUAUGUUUGAGUGGUUGAGUAUUAAUUUCAUUUUUUUCCUACAAUUUUUCUUUUCUGUUCUUUGUUUCCUAUACUUUGAGUUCAGUAAUGUUGAACUGGUUCUUUGGUUCAAAGUUGGGAUGAUGUUUGAUAUUUGUUUGUGAAGAUUGAAUAAUAAGAUGGCAAUAAUUUACCCUUUUGUGUGAUUAAUGAUGUAAAAUGUUGUACAUGUUGAAAUGAAAUUAAAUCAUUUUUAUU